GCACCAGUGCUACUUUUGCUGCCUCACUCACACGAAAGUGGCAAAUUAUACGUUAUUUCAGUGUCACUGACUGGAUAUUUUGUCGUGGUCUCGUUAAAAGAACUUUGAAUGGUUGUUCUAUGAACCAAAAUGGAUCAGACUGAUACAGACUGGGGUGGAUGGAGUGUACCUGGACAAGCAGAUGGCGAGACAUUUCAUAAACAGGAGGACUCUAACCACAGCCUGGCAGAUGCUCACUCAGACUCUGUUUAUGACAGCAGCAAUAUGGGGGGAGAGGAUGACUAUAUGAGUAAUCUGGGGCUGUAUGAUGGUUAUGAUAGCUACAAUGAAAUGUCAGGAAGCUCUUCAGAUGAUGAAAAUGAGAAACCUGGUUACGGCAAUUAUAAUUUCCAGUCCUCAGGACAGCCUACACCAUUUAGGUUCAUCAAUGGCAAGGAUGGAAUGGCUACUUGUGAGAGGUGUGGAGCUGUUGGGAUCAAACAUGCAUUCUACUCAAAGUCCAAGCGCUUCUGUAGUCUCUCUUGUUCAAGGAGCUUUGCUACAGCUCAAAGAGAAGGCAAACCCAAUUCUAAGGAACCAACUGCACCUCAGAAAAAAAUUGCAGGCAAGAAGCUGAAUUCUCCAGGAAAACAAGCUACACAGCCAAUCAAACAAAUGUCCUGGCCAAAAACUGUUACCAGUCGUCCAGGUGGAGUGCGGGGCUUUGACUGGGGUCCAUACCUGUCUUCCACAUCAUCAGAGGCAGCCUCUGUCAGCUGUUUCAAACAUUGCCCAAUGUCUGACAAUUGGCUCAACAUCACUGUUGGGAUGAAAGUAGAGAUUCAGAACCAUGAAUGUGACCUUCCUGAUCACGCCUACUGGAUAGCAACUGUUGUCAAGAUAGCAGGGUACAAGUCUCUAAUGAGGUUUGAGGGAUUUGGCAAUGAUACAAGUUAUGACUUCUGGAUGAACCUGUGCACUCAAGAUGUUCACCCUGUUGGCUGGUGUGCGACCAUAGGCAAGCCGCUCGUACCACCCAAAUCAAUACAGCACAAAUAUCUUGACUGGAAGGAAUAUCUUGUGAAGAGACUAACUGGCUCACGAACCUUACCCAGUAAUUUCUACAAUAAGGUAGUGGAAAGCAUCAGCAAUCAUCGCUUCAGAAAGGGAGUGCAUGUUGAGGUGGUGGAUAAGAUGUGUGUGUCGGCCAUGAGGGUUGCCACAGUAGAUGAAGUAAUUGGAGGCCGUCUACGGUUACAAUAUGUGGAUUCUAAGGAAGAAAAUGAUGACUUUUGGUGUCACAUGAGAUCCCCUUUGGUGCACCCAAUCACAUGGUCCCAAAGAUCUGGUCACAAACUCCAUGCCAGUCAGGAAUACAAAAACCAGUGUCUGAACAAGAUAAUAACAGAGAACUACCAGCAAAAUGACGCAGUUCCAGAAAUGUUCCACAAGGUGAAGGAGCCUCAGGGAGAUCUUCGGUUCCAGGUUGGAAUGAAAUUAGAAGCAAUUGACCCACUUAACCUAUCUGCCAUCUGUGUCGCUACUGUCAUGAAGGUAUUGAAGAAUAAUUACUUGAUGAUUGGUAUAGAUGGCUCCAUGGCCCAGAAUGGCUCAGACUGGUUUUGUUAUCAUACAUCUUCACCGUGUAUAUUUCCUGUGGGCUUUUGUGAGGUGAAUGGUUUAGACCUCACUCCUCCAAGAGGAUAUAAAGGCCAGUUUAAGUGGUUUGAGUAUUUAAAACAAUCCAAGUCAACUGCUGCUCCUGUCAAACUAUUUGAUAAGGAAAUACCAAAACAUGGCUUCAAACCUGGUCAUAAAGUAGAAGCAGUUGAUCUGAUGGAGCCCAGGCUUAUCUGUGUGGCUACUGUCAGUAAGGUGGUGGGUCGACUCUUACGGAUCCAUUUUGAUGGUUGGGAGAAUGAAUAUGAUCAGUGGGUGGACAGCGAGUCUCCAGACCUUUACCCUGCUGGAUGGUGUGAGGUCAUGAGCUAUGGCCUAGAGGGGCCAAGGGUUAAAGUUGAACCUCCAGCACCAAUCCCUCAAGUAACCAAGUCAAGCAAAUCUACAGACAGUCACUCUAAAAAACGCAAAGGCAAGACUCAGAUCUACAAGGGACCACGCAAAAGUAAGUCUACAAAGCGGAAGCCAAAGUUGAUCCCAGGCAGCACCAUGCUGGAUAUCCACCGAGAUCUACAGAACAACGACCGUGCCCAGGGAUUCUUGUCCUUCGGCAGCCGCACUAGAUCUGCACACUCCGACCCUAGUACACUGCCACCAUUGGAUGAGGGGCGUACAGGCCCAGUGAAAGCAAAACAGGAGAUUGAUGAUAGUGGAACGGUGGACGGUCCCCCAACAUUAAGCCCCCAUGCGCCUGGAGGAGGAGUUUCCAUAGAGACAGUGAAGACAGAGCCUAUGGACACUUCUCCUGCUCCAACCACCGGUAUAGCUUUCACCAAGACUGCGCUGUCCAAUCUCCUCUUGUCUAAGUCACCUCUCCGUGGAUCAUCCUCUGACCUAGCCAAGGUCAUCAAUUCUGACCCUCUCACUCAUGUCACUAUUUCUGACCCUGGCAAGACAGGGUCAUCAGAGACAACAUCCGAUAGACAAAAACAAGUGUCGCCGUCUGCCUGGACUGUUUCCGAUGUGAACCACUUCCUUAGAGAUCAGGACUGUGCUGCUCAGUGUGAUAGCUUCACAAAACUGAACAUUGACGGAAAGAGAUUUUUGGAGUUGACUCGAGAGCAGAUAGUUAGCUUAACUGGAAUGAAAGUUGGUGCUUCUCUCAAAAUAUAUGACUUAAUUCAAAACUUAAAAAAUUCAUCAAGAAUCACCUCAUCAUAGCAGGCUUAAUUUGUGUUCAGCCUGUUGAGAUUUUUUCCCCUUUUUUUGAUAAAAUUUUUUUGAACUUUAUAAAGAUAGACACAUAUAACAAACACAUAUGGAGUUACUUUCAAGGAUUUACAGUUAUGGAUACUUCCUCACAGGUCUACAUAUCUGCCAUGAUUGCCUUUUAUUCUCAUUUUCUUUAUUUGUCACAUAGAUCAGUGUGUAAUUUCUUUUCUAGUUGGAAUAUAAGUCUACUGUUAACCAGGAAGACUCCUGUAAUUUUACCAAAAUUAUGACAGAAAUUAAGGGUUUUCAGUGUAAUGUAUUGAUGCUAAUUCCAAGUUUUGAAUUCUUAUGAAAGUUUUGUAGGCAUUGUAUCUAUUCUUAGAAAUUUCCUAGUGCUUGACAUUCUUCAAAAGAUGGGGCAUUAAAAAGAGCUCAAAAUAUUGAAAUUCUGUAGGUCAGCUCUAGAUCUCGUAUGUAACUAUUGAAACUUUGGGGAUUAGUUAAUUUGGUUCUUCUAGGAUUUUAAUUUAGAGGGGAAUGGGACCUUUCUUUAGUAGGAGAGUUUAUCAGAAUAAUACGGUACAAUUGUGCAAUGUUGAUGUCCAUUACAUUUUAUUGUGGGCAUUACUAUAAUGAAUGUUAACAACCCUCCUGUUUGAUAUGUAAAUACUUUGUGAUACAUUGUUCUUUAAAUUACUGGCUUAUAUUGAGUUCAAUUUAGAAACAUAAUUAAAAGCCAUUUUUUCAUAAUUUUAGUUUGAGAAAAUUAAAUUGAUCAUUACUGUGCUAAUUAUUUCAUGUAUUUUGAUGUUAGGGUUAGUGGCCAGUUUGGUGGUAUAACAAAUACAGACAAGAUGAUCUACUGCAAAUUGGGAAUACUUUUUUAUAUGAAAAUUGCAAUAUAUAUAUUCAUGCCUAAAUUGUUGUACAGUGUAUUUGCCUGAAGGCCAGUGCUAACAGUUGAUCUAUUAACCGUAGUGUACAUGCAUUAAGACUGUAACAAUGUUAAAGGGUAAUACUGGCGAUAUUAAGCAGGCAGCACCCCUGUCAGGGGCUGUCACCAGUAUACAUAUGUAAGUCAAGAACUGUGGUUCUGUUUAAUGAAUUUAAAUACUACAGUCAGUUAUCACAGAUCUUGUCCUAGUUCCUCGUUAGAUGCAAUUUAUAUUGAAUGAAACUAUUAAUGAAA